AUGUCUGACAAAGGUCAUGGAUCACCUCAACCCAUUGUGAAAAUUGGUCAUUAUAUAUUAGGCCAAACUUUAGGAGUUGGUACAUUUGGUAAGGUUAAAAUUGGUGAACAUCAGCUUACCAAGCAUAAAGUCGCAGUUAAAAUAUUGAACCGACAGAAAAUUAAGAGUUUGGAUGUUGUUGGAAAAAUCCGUCGUGAAAUUCAAAACCUCAAACUUUUCCGCCAUCCUCAUAUAAUAAAAUUGUACCAGGUCAUUAGUACACCCACUGAUAUAUUUAUGAUAAUGGAAUAUGUCUCUGGAGGAGAACUUUUUGAUUAUAUUGUUAAACAUGGGAAACUUAAAGAGUACGAAGCACGAAAGUUUUUUCAACAGAUAAUAUCUGGAGUAGAUUAUUGUCACCGUCACAUGAUUGUUCAUAGAGAUCUGAAGCCAGAAAAUCUUUUAUUAGACCAUAAUUGUCAUGUCAAAAUAGCUGAUUUUGGGCUUUCCAACAUGAUGAUGGAUGGUGAAUUUCUACGUACAAGUUGUGGGUCUCCUAAUUAUGCAGCUCCUGAAGUUAUUUCUGGUAAAUUAUAUGCUGGACCAGAAGUGGAUAUCUGGUCAUGUGGUGUGAUUCUUUAUGCAUUGCUGUGCGGUACAUUACCAUUUGAUGAUGAGCAUGUUCCUACACUGUUCCGGAAAAUAAAAUCAGGUAUAUUUCCCAUUCCAGACUAUUUGAACAGAACUGUUGUAACACUGUUAUGUAGAAUGCUUCAAGUAGAUCCCAUGAAAAGAGCAACAAUAGAAGAUAUAAAGACACACGAAUGGUUUCAAACUGAUUUGCCUGCUUAUUUGUUUCCUUCACCCGUGGAACAAGACUCUUCAGUCAUUGAUAUGGAUGCCAUACAAGAAGUUUGUGAUAAAUUUGGUGUUAAAGAGCAUGAAGUUCAUGAUGCUCUUUUGUCAGAUGAUCAGCAUGAUCAACUCAGGAUUGCAUACCAUCUUAUAAUUGAUAAUAAGAGAAUAGCUGAUGAAGCAGCAAAGGCAGAACUGAAGGAUUUCUAUGCUGUUAGUAGUCCUACACCUGUAACGUUUAGUUCAACAGAACUAGUACCGAGUCCCGUUAAACCUCAUCCUGAAAGAAUGAAUCCAGCAUUGCGGGAAAGAGGUGCAGGCAAUAAAGAAGCUAGCAAUAAGGACUCAUCCGAAACUGGACAAACUACUCAGAAAAGAGCAAAAUGGCACUUAGGAAUAAGAUCUCAAAGCAAACCGACUGAUAUCAUGAAUGAAGUUUAUCGUGCUAUGAAAGAUAUGGAUUUCAAAUGGAAAGUUAUUAAUCCAUACCAUGUCCGAGUUAGGGUUCAGAAGUUCAAUAACCAAGAUGAGUUCAUUAAAAUGUCGCUUCAACUCUACCAAGUUGAUUAUAAAAGUUAUUUAUUAGAUUUCAAAAGUCUUGGCAAUGAAGAAGAUGUACAGUCAAACGAUGGAGAUAUUGUUUCACAACAUCAUUCUUCAGGUCAUCAAAUAAUGGAGUUUUUUGAAUUGAAUGUGCCUAGUAGCAGAACAUUAUCAAGACGAAAGUCAAAGAAGUCGAAUCAUGGGCAUUGUUCUCGGAGCAGUUGCACUAGGAGUAUUACUCGGUUAUCCUUAUGGAGGAUUCGCAUAUGAUUUUCUUGGCAAAAUGGCUCCUUUCUUAGGAAUUAGCUUAUUUGCCAUUUUAAAUAUUGCACUCCAAUUGGUCUUUCUUAAUAUGAAACCUCCAAAUUAUGAGGCCCAAUCAACAAAUGAAGGUUCUAGUUGGAAACAGCUGAUGUCGGAUCAACUUGUGAUGAUGACUGCUGGAGCUAUUUGGCUGUCCUCUUCAGCGAUGGCAAUAUUGGAACCAUGCCUUCCUCUUUGGUUGAUGUCCCAUAUAAAACCGCAGAAGUGGGAACUUGGAACAGUUUUUAUUCCAGAUAGUGUCGGUUAUCUUAUCGGGACAAAUUGCUUUGGAGGAAUUGCAUAUAGAUAUGGAAGAUGGAGAGUUGCAAUAGCUGCACUUAUACUACUAGCUAUCUCAGCUUGCACACUUCCAAUGGCCAAAUCAAUGAAGGGACUAAUAAUUCCACAUGCAGGGCUCGGACUUGGAAUAGGAGUAGUAGAUGCAGCACUAGUUCCUCUACUUGCAACGCUUGUCGAUACCAAACAUCGUGCUGAUUAUGCGACAGUCUAUGCCAUUCAACAAACUUCAGUCAGCCUUGCAUAUGCUUUUGGUCCAAUGUUUGGAGGAGAGUUAGUGAGGGUCAUGGGAUUCCCAUGGUUGAUGGUAUCGAUUGGCAUAGUAAAUCUGCUUUAUUCGCCACUCUUGGUAUUCUUAUCUAAUACGGAGAAACAGGAAGUCCAGACAGUCAUGGGUGCACAUAAAGUCAGCUAUAAAGCUACAGAAAGCAGGAAAUACAACAGAUUUGUAGCAUCUGAUGAGAGUGAUUAA